AACAUGCUCAAAUUUCCGUUUCCUUCUUUGGUAAAACCCUAAUCUCUUCGUUUCAUUUCAUCAAAAUCUGAAUCUCUCUCUCUCUCUCUCUUUCUCUCUCUCCUCGGUGGUCUCUCCGAUCUGCGAGAAAAAAUCAAGACGCUAGAAGAUAUCUGAGCCGCCGACGACGACGAAACAGUUUUGUGAUCGCAGAGGAAAGGUUUUGGUUUUUUAAUCUGAUCGGAAAUUUUAGUCAAAUUUUUCGAUUUUAGAAUAAGAUAACGAUGAAAAGCGUUGAGCGAAUUGCGAAUGUAGCUUUAGCAGGUUUAACUUUAGCACCACUUGUUAUGAAGGUAGAUCCAAACUUAAAUGUUAUUUUGACUGCGUCCCUCACAGUUUUUGUGGGUUGCUACAGAUCUGUCAAGCCAACUCCACCUUCUGAGACAAUGUCUAAUGAGCAUGCCAUGCGUUUCCCUUUUGUUGGGAGUGCGAUGCUGUUAUCACUAUUUUUGCUUUUUAAGUUUCUAUCAAAGGACUUGGUCAAUGCCGUUUUGACAUGCUACUUCUUUGUGCUUGGGAUCGUUGCCCUUUCGGCAACACUUUUACCUGCUAUUAAACGUUAUUUACCGACGCAUUGGAAUCAGGACGUUAUUAGCUGGCGUUUUCCUUACUUCCGUUCUUUGGACGUUGAGUUCACAAGGUCUCAGAUUGUUGCUGCAAUCCCUGGAACCUUUUUCUGUGCAUGGUAUGCUUCACAGAAGCAUUGGCUAGCUAACAAUAUACUGGGACUUUCCUUCUGCAUUCAGGGAAUCGAGAUGCUUUCUCUUGGGUCUUUCAAGACUGGCGCCAUUCUUUUGGCUGGACUUUUUGUGUAUGAUAUUUUCUGGGUUUUCUUCACUCCAGUGAUGGUUAGUGUUGCAAAAUCUUUUGAUGCUCCUAUUAAGCUUUUGUUCCCUACAGCAGAUACUGCUCGACCAUAUUCUAUGCUUGGACUUGGUGACAUCGUAAUCCCUGGUAUUUUUGUAGCAUUGGCUUUGCGAUUUGAUGUGUCUAGAGGGAAACACAGCCAGUACUUUAGGAGUGCAUUUCUGGGAUAUUCUGUUGGUUUGGUGCUUACAAUUGUUGUCAUGAACUGGUUCCAGGCUGCACAGCCUGCUCUAUUGUAUAUUGUACCUUGUGUCAUUGGAUUUUUGGCGGCUCAUUGCAUAUGGAAUGGUGAAGUCAAACCGUUGUUGGCGUUUGACGAGUCUAAGGCUGCUAAUUCAUCCGAAGAAAGUAGUGACAGCGAUGCUAAUUCUAGCAAGAAGGAGGAAUAAGUUGCAGAGCCCUGGACUCUGGAGUUUUCCACCUCAAGGAAAGAAAUACUUCUCUUCUCUUAUCUUCUCUGAGGCCCCCAAACGCAUUUAAAGCUUAGUCAUGGCUAACUUAUUCAACUUCACACCGCUGUAACAGAUUUUGGGAUUAAGUUCUUUAGGAAGAAAUAAUAUUUUAGCCUUUUAUAACCUAAUACAGCCGUUUCUUUAAGUUCUUUCAUUAAGGGGCCCAAUACAACUGUUUUUUUUUUCAAUAAUAUCUUUUUCUACUGCCCCGUUUGGGGGUCUUAA